AUGUAUAAAGGUUUGAACGAAGAGGAGGAGGUCAUGAUGACAUCAUUGGCAGAAUCGUCAGAUGAUGGAAAGGGCCAGCCUCAAAAGGGUGGUCCAGGAGGCUUCGGAUCAAACACAGAACAUAUAGAACCAGAGUUAAACACAAGGAUCAAACGAAGAUUUGAAGAGGCCGUUCAUUACUUCACCGAAGUAGUCGAGUCCUUGAUGUUGUCCGGUGCCACAUCAGACCGUGAUGAUAGCAUUCAGAAGUACUUCUAUACAAAUGACAACAAUAAUGGUGUUGCCGACAUCAAUGCGUCAACAAACAUUGAAGGACAAGGUGCGAUGUUUGGACCAGACAGGAGUGAGAACAGUGGCACGGACAACUCUCAGCGUCAGUUCUUGCCAAAAAACAAGAUCAAUCACAACUAUAACAAGGAUAACAGUAACAGUGGCAAGGACAACAAUAACAACAAUAGUGGAACUGAAGAAGAUAGUGAUGAGGACUUGGACACAGACUCUGAUACAAAUCCAUUCUUACUGGGUGCCACCACUUCAAACAUUGCCAACAAGUCAAGUGAGGAUGAGAAUCUGCGUGUAGCGGUACUGUCCAAGCCUGAGAACCAAGAACUACUUCAAUCAUACGUCAAGAAGCUGUGGAAGAUGAACUAUCGAUAUCGCGAACAACUCUACUUCAGCCUCUCAUCAGUGCACGACUCAUCCCUAGUCGACCAACUCAUCGCCACAAGUUUCAACUCCUUUGUAGAUAAUUGUUUCCAAGAACUAUUCGAUCGAUUCGAUAAUCAAUAUCAUCAACAUAUUGGAUUGUUAAAGUUGAUGCGCAAGUCACCUGAACAACCGAUGGACAGCAAACCAAAUGAGAGAUAUAGACCUGUGUUCAAACAGGCCAAGGAGUCCCCGAUGGACCUAUUCUCUAUAAUCAAACAACAAGCGAUCAAUGCCAAGAACAGUCAUACACUCACAGAGAUUGUACUCUCACUCAUACCAGUGAUGGUUUGGGUCAGAAAGUACAAACUACACUAUCUCAAAGAUGAUGUGAUUGCUGCUUUAACCAUUGGAUUCAUGCUCAUUCCACAGGCUAUGGCCUAUGCCAUCCUUGCUGGCCUUCCACCAAUCUAUGGACUCUACUCUGCAUUCGUCUCACCCAUCGUCUAUGGAAUCUUUGGAACAUCGAACGAGAUCCAAGUAGGGCCUGUAGCCAUGGUGUCCCUUCUAAUUCCAACGAUCGUCCAUCAUGCGAGAGGAAGCGAUGAAUAUAUAGUGGAGGCAUCAUGCCUGGCACUGAUGACAGGUCUGAUCAUGUUGGUAAUGGGAUUGUUUAGAGUUGGAUUCUUGAUUGAGACAUUGUUGAGCAAUCCUAUUCUACUUGGAUUCGUACAGGCUGGAUCCGUGCUCAUCAUGUUGAGCCAGAUCAAGAACUUCACUGCCAUCACAAUACCAGCAAAUGCCGCCAAUAUCAUAGAGUAUGGUGAGGGUAUUGUACAUUAUGCUCAUACCAUCAAUGGAUGGACGGUGUUGAUGGGCAGUGUCAGUCUGGCCAUCCUCAUCGGUUCCAAAUACGUCAACAAGCGUCUAAGAUACAAGAUCCCGACUCCAAUCAUCAUCCUUAUCCUUGGCACUCUAAUAUCAUAUCUCGCCAAUGUCGAAGGUAGACUUGGAAUCAAGGUUGUCAAUGCUAUACCGUCGGGCUUGCCAAGGCCUAGACUUGUGCCUUUGACUUUGGAGAGGAUAUCCAGCAUGAUAGUUGGAGCAUCGAUCAUUGCUAUAUUGGGCUUUGUAGAGACAGUGUCGGUGGGCAAGAAGUUCUGCGCCUACCGCAAGUAUCAGAUCAACAGUAGUCAAGAACUAGUGGCACUGGGCAUGUGUAAUAUCAUGGGAUCAGUGUUUACAGGUUUCAACACGACUGGCUCAUUCUCGCGCUCGGCCGUCGCCUUCCAAACACAGUCCAAGUCGCCACUCACCUCAAUCCUCAGCGGCCUGAUCGUCAUGGUUGUGCUGCUGCUGCUCACACAGGUCUUCCGCUACACGCCACUCUGCAUCCUGUCGGCAAUCGUCAUUGGCGCGGCCAUAACAUUGAUCGAAGUGCACGAGACGAUCGAACUAUAUCGCAAGGGAGAGUACAUUGGCUUCUUCCAACUGCUGAUCGUGUUUGUCCUGACACUGCUGCUGGGCUCCGAGACGGGCAUCAUCAUCGCAUUCGUCAUCUCAAUUCUCCAGAUCAUCUUCUUCUCGUCGCGACCCAACCUCGUCAUACUGGGCCGCAUCCCCGGCACUCUGGUGUUCCGCAGCAUCAAGCACUAUCCCAACGCGCUCGUCUACCCUGGCAUCAUGAUCAUUCGAUUCGACUCGCGCAUGACCUACUACACGAUCAAUCACUUCCGCACCAAGGUGGUCGCCAUUAUGAGCAGCACGGACGACGCGGCGCCCAUCAAUGGACGCGGCCCGGUCCACACCAUUGUGAUCGACGCGGUCAACGUCAGUUCGAUGGACUCGACUGCACUCGAUGUGUUGAGUGACAUGCUCGAUCACUUUGAAUCGAAUGGCAUACUCGUCCUGUGGUCCGAUCUACGUCCGGCCAUCCACCGAGUUAUGCAACGUUCUGGCUUCACCAAACGAAUUAGUAAGGAACAUAUCUUCACGAGUACCAGUGCUGCUGUUGACUUUGCACAGUCUGUCAAGCAGUACACCUAUGACUCUUUAGAUAUCGUAUCCUAA